AAAGAAGCGAGUCACACAGUGGGAGAUCAUCCACUGACUGGCUCAAAGUGGGGCCGCUGUUUGUAUAUGUGUGUGUGUGUGUGUGCAAUGCUGUAAAGUGUUUUUUCUUCCAUCCACGCAUGAGGCUGUCACACACCGACACAAUGUGGAAACCCGCCGGUGAAUCAAUAAGCGCCUUCAGCGCUGCUGCAGCAGCGGUCACCUGUCUGCUUGUGACCGGGAUGCUUGUCGUCACUGUGGGACACCCGAGCAGCGGAGACCCGGCGGAGCCUCCUGUGGCUGCGGCGGCGACCAGCGGAAAAGUUAUCUCGGCAUAUUUCAGGAAACUGACCCGCGAGAGGAGAGCCAUCAAUGGGCCCCCACGGAGAAGCGUCCCACCUCCACCGGUGGAGCAUCUCACACCGGCCGACCUGUUCAUAGCGGUGAAAACAACCGGGAGAUAUCACCGACAGAGGCUGGAGCUCCUGCUGGACACCUGGAUCUCCAGAAAUAUGCAACAGACGUACGUGUUCACUGAUGGAGAGGACGAGAAGCUGAGGAAAAGGAUGGGAGCUCACCUGAUCAACACCAACUGCUCGGCGGCUCACAACCGUGAAGCCCUCUCCUGUAAGAUGGCUCUGGAGUAUGACGCAUUUAUUAACUCUGGUAGAAAGUGGUUCUGUCACGUUGAUGAUGAUAACUACCUGAACGUCGACGCCCUCCUGAAGCUCUUGUCUCAGUACAGCCACACACAAGACGUUUACAUCGGACGGCCGAGCCUCGAACGCCCGAUAGAGGCCACAGAAAGGCUCGGCACCACGGAAAUGAAGCAGGUGCGUUUCUGGUUCGCCACAGGAGGAGCUGGAUUCUGUCUGAGCCACGGCCUCGCUCUCAAGAUGAAACCCUGGGCGAGCGAUGGCACUUUUAUGGCAACAGCUGAGCUCAUCCGUCUCCCUGAUGACUGCACCGUCGGCUACAUCGUUGAAGCGCUGCUCGGCGUGAGCCUCAUCCGCUCUGCUUUGUUCCACUCGCACCUGGAGAACCUGGGACUGGUGUUAGACAUACACAGCCAGGUGACGCUCAGUUACGGCACAGUGGAAAACAGCAGAAACACUGUCAACCUGAGAGGAGCGUUUUCAAUAAGUGAAGAUCCUACAAGGUUUAGGUCGGUCCAUUGUCUGCUGUACCCCGACACUCCCUGGUGCCCCAGCCCCCGGCGACUUUAACACCCAUCCAGAGACAGAGGCAGAUUGAUGGAGAGGAAUAAGUAAAUGUCUGCUUAAACUCAAUUUUCUCUGUAGGAGGGAGGAAAUCACUGCAGACAUCCAGGAAUAAAGAGAAGGAGUCUUGUUGCUGCCCUCUUCUGGCUCCCAAGUGUUGAAGAUUUUCUGCAACAUGUGGACAUGAAUGAUUUCCUCAUGUCCAACAGCAGUCUGAGUAAUGGACUGACUUUUUAGGAAGACCUGACAGCAGGAGAAGAAGGCAAAGAAAGUUUUGGAUAAAAAAAAAAAAGAGUUUUCUGUUCUUAGAUCAUGAAGAGAAAAAGUUUAAAGUUUGUCCUGAGGGUGGCGUGACAGGAAAAGCCAUUUGUUACGGGAAUUUGAAGGGUUUACCCUCUGUACGGAGAACGUCUCAGCUCCAAACUGAAUCUUAUUCUGUCUAAGAUACUCAUCACGCUCAGCUGUGAAUUUGGCUUAAUGCUAUUAUUCGGUCUGUUGCAGCUCGUUUCUUUACUUUUCUUCCAUCAUUUUGUCAUUUAUGAUUACAUUUCACUCAUCAACAGAAUUGUAGAGAUCUGGGUGCAAAUGCAACAUCUUUAUACAAAGUCAGACAGGGCAAGAAAUACAAGCAGUCAAACAGUCAUUUUGAUUGUUGUUGAUUUUACACUUUGUUUUUUGUCUGGACUUAACAAACAAGGUUUGUCAAAUUUGGACAAAUAUCAAAUUAUCUUUUGACUUUGUUUCCUCGUUUCUUGUAUUUGUGCAAGCUUAGCUAACCAAUAGACGAGAUGUUCUUAUCUAACUCAAAAUGAUGCAAAAUACAAAAAAGCAAAUUUUUCUAAAUCUUGGAGAUAUAAGACACUUUAUUUCGAGGUCAAAAUGAAAGUGGCAAAGUCGGUAAUAAUCCCAUAGCACUGGAAACUGCAGCAAAUAGAUUAGGUCAAAGUUAAACUACUGCAAACUCAAAGCUUUCCUUCUAAGUUUGACUAAUCUUGUGAUUUGUUUAAAAUCUGUCUGAUCUUUUGACUGCUUGAGUUUAGAUGUUGCUACAUUCCCAGAACUUUUAAUUCAAUUAACUUGGUGAGUACAAGUGACAACUAUAAAAAAACAAGAUCCAAGCUGUAUUAAACCAGAAUUAUCGUUUAACUGUAGAGUGCGAUAAGUGAAAACUUUGAUGCGGUGGUGUUGGAUGAAAAAGCAAAAUCAUAAAAACAUUCAUCCUCUGGGAUCCGUGGACGUCUGUAACAGUGUAUUGUCAAUCCAUCCUGUGAUUUUUAGAGAUAUAUUUCACUCAGAUGGACCAACACCAACAGCUUUUAUCAUGACUAAAGACUUAAAAUGUAGCUUUAGUGCUAAAAUCCCACUGUUCCACUGUUUCGCCAUCACCUACCAUUCUGUAUUAAUAGUACAGGAGUUGGGUCCACUCUAAACUGCUGCUUUUUAAUAGCCUGUUAUGCUUUUUCUCACAUUCACAUACAUUUUCCAGUGUCUUCUCUCUAUUUUCUGAUGGUUGCCCAUCUGCAACCCUGCAUGCACCAGUGUUAAGUAUGGAUCAAAUAUAUGAAGUGAAGUAACCGAAAUACUGAAGGAACAAUAAUGCAUCAUCUUUAAGCACAAAGAGGCAACAAAUAUCAGGAGUUUAAUGGUUUUAUAGAAUCCAGGAUUCUGAAGUUUUAUUUUGUCGGUGUUCAGUAUUAUCCUCUCUCUCUGAAGUACAUCAUAAUGACUGAGCACUUUGCUGUUUUAUUUCUGCUGUUUGCAAUGCAUCAUAUGAUAAAAGGACAUUAGAGAAAAAGCUUGACAUUUCAGUAAAUACGCUCGUUCGUUUGCUUGACAAGAGUUAGAUGGAGUUAGAUUUGUGCUAACUCUAAUUUGUUACAAACUUGAGAGUGGCACCAAUCUUCUAAACUAACUCUUGGCAAGAAACCACAUAGGAGUAUUUCCCAAAACGAACACGCUAUUCUUUUAAAAACUGUGGACUAAUUUCCCGGUUUUCUCUGUUACAAAAUAUUCUUCUAAAAAGGUUGAUAUCACCUGUCUUUGGAUUGUGAUUGUUAAUGAUUGAAAUGAGGUUAAUGACGUUAUACAGUAGCAGUGUAGUAACAAAGAUAUCCCCUUUUGAGGUUUUAUUGACAAGUGACUCAUGUUGGGUCGUCUUCUAUCUUUCUGCACAUUGACAGCAGUUGUUACAACUAAAUGAAAGUCAUUAAGUUAAAUUCUGUCCCUUCGUAAAUGAAUGUAUAAGAUGAACCGUUGCUUCUGAAGCGUACAUGCUCUCUCCAGUAUCUGGACUGUAUGUAGACAUUAAUGGUUGAACCUAAUAAAAACAGUUUUUGGUCAAA